UUUGUUAUGUUAAUUGCUUUCUUAUAUAUUUUAAUAUAUUUUACAAAUGCCUAUGUUGAUAGCAAAGCCGUGGGAAAAACUUACAGGCAGCAAUUCGAAUUCAUAGAUAACAUUCUUCGUCUCAACGACAGCGCUUCUCAAACUACUGCUAAAAAUGUUACCACACCCACAACACCUAAUUUCAAGAUGUUGUUGGAUGACUUAUACAAAAAGAAAAAUUUAAAGUUAAAUUUCUUUGACAAGAUGCUAUCCGAUGAAAUGCUUUCAAUAAAGAAGCACAUACAGGAAAAGGGUUAUACUUUGAUACAUUUGAAUAUGUCUACUAACAUACCCGCUUCCACACCCACGUUAGAAAUAAAACAGAAAUGGCCCACGUUGAAAAACGUUUAUAUUUCGAUAAAUGAAGAUGAAAAGAAAACAACAAAAUAUAACAACGCCACAGAUCCUAGUACAAAAACGACCAAAAUAUUCAAAACUACCACAGCGAACGAAACACAAAAUGCUAAAGUACAGCGAAGAAACAAGGUGGUUGGAGUAAGAAGCUUUACCGAUCAUGAAAUUUUACAUGUCAACACAGAUCAUGAUCCCAGAAAAUGUAUGUGCUUGAAUGAAAGAACAACCUGUACUGCUCGAUGCACCGCGUCAACCCACCAUCAUACACAGGUUAAUGAGUGCUCAUUUCACAAAACAAGCAGUAAUAUCCCUGUGUGUACGAGAACAACUACACCAUACAUUUUCUACCCUUAUGUCAUAACAUACGUGACCCCGUACAUAGUUGUUCCUACUGAGCCCCCAAGAGAACACAAGCGCAAACACAAGCAUGACAGGCCUCAUACUCACUCCCCUAAAUACGAUUACGAAGAAAACUACGAAACGACAUACGACGAAGAAAAAAAUCAGGCCACGGGGGCAGAAUAUGAAGCAGAUGAUAACGAUUACGGAAGUGAAAGUAAUAAAGGAAAAGACAAAUUGCAGACAGGAAAUUUGGAAGCCAACAGAGAAAAGCUCGUAAGCAAUAUCAUAGAUGACUUGAAAGUUUACUACAAUGACGCCGUUAUAAAAGAUUGCUACUGCUCCUCCUGGUCCAACAUAUUUCAAACUAAAUGUUUCUCCUUUUAUGUAUUCGUUUUUACAGUGUUUUUAAUGUAGA